AUGCUGAAAGAGAUAUUAUUGAAAAAUCGAACUUCCAUAAUUAAAGGUAAAGGACUAGGCUCCUUAUAUAACCGACCAUUACAACCUGAUUGGCUAAACUGUACAUUACACAAACGUCUGCAGUCCACACGAUCAAUUUCAAGGGACUCUCCAGAGGGUAUUGUCUCCAAGUCACAUUUGAAAGAGCCAGAUCAAAGUAUCCCUACUAAUGCUGCGGUUAAACAAGCAGCUAAGUUGAAUCCAUUGGCCCAUUCUAAGUAUGAAUCUAAACAAUACCAAUUACCAAAAUGGAAAGAAGCCUUAGGUGAGUUUGUGAUUAGCAAGUUUAAUCUAGACAUGGAUAAGAUUAGGGCAGGUCCCGUUGCAGGUUCAUACUUUUAUAAUAUUUGUAAAGAGCAAGGUUUACAAUUUGAAGAUGAACCAUUAUCUAAUUCAGCUAAAUUUUUCUAUGAAGAUUUGAAUUUACCAAGAACUUUCUCACAAUGGUUUCAAAUCACUAUAUUACAUGAAUGGAUGUUAUUUGUUAGAAUGAGAGCCAUGCCAUUCAAAUACGGGAGGAAUUAUCAACAAAAAUUGGUAGAUAGAACUUUCGCAGAUAUAGAAUUGAGACUUUUUGAAGAAAUGAAAGUCAAUUCAGGAAGGAUUGUAGAUCAAUAUUUGAAAGAUUUCAAUUCCCAAUUAAGAGGGGCUGUAUUUGCAUAUGAUGAAGGGUUUUUCACAGAUGAUGCUACUUUGGCAACUGCCUUAUGGAGAAAUUUAUUCGCUGGUAGGAAGGAUAUUGAUAUGGUUCAUCUAGAGGCGAUGGUGAGGUAUGUACGUUCACAAUUAUACGUCUUGAACCAAUUAUCUGAUAGAGAAUUUGCCACUGGUAAAUUCAAGUUUGUUCCAAUUAAUGAAACUGUUGAAAUAUUGACAUCAAAUGAAGAAGCUGUCAUGAAAGAAAAGGUCAUACAACAUUAUGAAAAUUUGGAUAAGAAUCCAAAUAUUCUACCAAGUGAAAGAAGUAAAUUGUCUUAUACAAAUUAA